AUGGGAUUGGUUUCUGAGAUAGUGGCUAACAUAUUAGUGUUGGUAACAUGGCCUUUCUCUCUAUUCCAAUUGGCGUGCUUGUUUGGUACAAGAAUUACAUUACUUGUCAUAUAUACUUGGACGGAGUUCAUCAGGAAUAUAAUUGUCUUCAAUAUAAAUAUAGCAUUGGGAAUUAUAUCAUGGACAUUUGGCCUUGUCUUACUACCUGCCAGAAUCCUCAACAUCUUUCAUAGGGAGAGACAGUUGGAACGCAAAUUGCAACAGAUGCAGAUCGAUCUAGCGAAUCUGCUUCUGGAGUAUAAGGAACUUGAAGAACAUCUCCAGAUAGCUGUCAAAGAACGCAGAAUAAUGGAGUUACUAGUAUCCGAGCUUGAAGAGGAGCAUGAUAUGGCCGUAGCAAAGAUUGAAAAAUUAGAGAGAAAGUUGCUAGAUCAAAUCAACGAAAAUCGCCGGCUCAAAGAAGUUAAAGGCAAGGCAUACUGGUCGUCGAAGGACGCCGGCGACUACGACGACGACGGUAGACAUAUCUUCCCCCUCCAAGAUCUUGUAAUUACAAAAGAUAUUUGGGAACAUGACAACAAAAUAAGUUCUAGCAAUUUGCUUAAACUCCUUAAACCAGGGGCUACGCCACAAGUGCCGGAUUACCGGCGUGACGUGGCAAUUUCACAGUCAGUAUUCAGUGCUAUCUUGUCAGUAGUCGUUGGCGUGACAGCCUGGCAAGCCGAAGAUCCUUGCAUGCCUCUCGUGGUGGCUCUGUUUGCCGUGGUAGGCAUGUCAUUGAAGAGUGUGGUGCAGUUCUUUGCCACCAUAGAAAACAAGCCGGCAUCGGAUGCCGUUGCUCUCUUAAGCUUCAAUUGGUUCAUUCUUGGCACUCUAACCUACCCUACCCUUCCAAGAAUUGCUCCACUACUAGGAAGGUUUAUAGAAAUAACUAUCACCCGGUUUGGUCUUCUUUCCUUUUAGCUUCACAUAUUCACUUUAUUUCUUCUUUUAA